AUGGCCUCUCACAAAUCUUAUCCAGAGAAAACCCCCGACGCCCAACAUGAUGAGGCUGUCACCCCCGAGAUUCUCGCUUCGGAAGCCAAAGUUGCUGCUGAAGCUGAGCACUACAUGACUUUAUGGCAAGCCGUCAAAACAUACCCGAAAGCGAUUGGUUGGUCCGUUCUUUUGUCAACCACUCUUAUCAUGGAAGGCUACGAUCUUGCUUUGCUGGGCAAUUUGUAUGCCUCUCCUGUUUUCAACGCGAAGUUUGGCACAUACAAUCCUGAGAAAGAGAAGUUCGCUGUUUCAGCCGCUUGGCAAUCUGGACUGUCAAACGGUGCCCGUGCUGGUGAGAUUAUUGGUUUGAUCCUUGCGGGAUGGGCGUCUGAUCGGUACGGAUACAAGAUGACUACUGUUGGAGCACUUGUUCUCAUGAUUGCAUUUGUCUUUGUUUUGUUCUUUGCCCCAAACAUCAAGAUUCUUGUUUUAGGAGAGGUCCUCUGUGGUAUUCCAUGGGGUGCGUUCCAGAGCGUGACACCCGCAUAUGCGUCCGAAGUAGCACCGGUUGUGCUCCGACCAUACCUGACAACAUUCAUCAAUAUGUGUUGGGUCAUUGGGCAGUUCUUUUCUGCUGCUGUAAACAAGGGUUCUGUUGGACGGGCGGAUGAGUGGGCUUAUCGUAUCCCCUUUGGGGUACAAUGGGUGUGGCCUGUUCCGAUCCUUGCCGGUGUCAUUUUUGCUCCUGAGUCCCCCUGGUGGCAUGUCCGAAAAGGCAAUCGCGCCGCUGCGAAAAAGUCUCUCCUCCGACUCACGUCUCCUCAGCAACCCAACUUUAACGCCGAUGAAACAAUUGCCAUGAUCGAGCACACAAACGAGAUGGAAAAGAACUUGAAGGAGGGCACCAGCUACCGUGACUGCUUCAAGGGCGUCGAUCUCCGACGUACAGAGAUUGUAGUUGGUAUCUGGCUCGUCCAGACUCUUGGCGGUCAAAACCUCAUGGGUUACUUCUCAUAUUUCUUGACCCAAGCUGGUAUGGAUCCCAGCAACUCAUUCUCUCUCUCCAUGGCACAAUAUGCCCUUGGCAUGGUUGGCACGUUUGGGUCUUGGUUCUUGAUGGCCAAGGUUGGCCGUAGGACUAUUCACUUCAGUGGUCUAUGCACUCAACUUAUCAUCCUUAUCAUUGUUGGGUCACUGUCAUUCGCCAACAACAAUGGUUCAGUCUGGGCAAUCGGCGCAAUGCUCAUUGUUUUCACGUUUGUCUACGACUUUACCGUCGGACCAGUCACGUAUUCAUUGAUCUCCGAGCUGUCCUCAACCCGACUCAAGGCAAAAACAAUUGUUAUGGCUCGUGCUGCAUACAACGCUAGUAACAUAUUUAUCAAUGUUAUGACCAACUACCAGCUAUCAUCAACAGCGUGGAACUGGGGCGCCCGCACAGCUUAUUUCUGGGCUGGAUCCUGUUUACUUUCUGCCAUUUGGGUUUACUUCAGGCUUCCUGAACCUAGGAACAGGACCUAUGCAGAGUUGGAUCUGCUUUUUGAGAAACGAGUGUCAGCAAGGAAAUUUGCCAAGACGCACGUUGAUCCCUAUUCCCAUUCGGUUGCAUCUGACAAUAAGCCGACAGCCGAGAAGGAGGUUCAGUAG